GGCUAGAGCAGCGCCUUUCACUCUGCACGGAACGCGGGUUAAGAAGGUUCUGGAAGAAAGAGUCGCUGUGAGCUCCACCGUUGUAAGGAUAAUAAUCGUUGUCUUCAUUUAAGCUUCUUGUCCAAUUCAAGCAUGGUCAAGGAAACGGGUUUUUACGACACGCUUGGUGUCAAACCCACUGUGACGCCCGAUGAACUGAAAAAGGCCUAUCGCAAGCUGGCCUUAAAAUAUCACCCUGACAAAAAUCCUGCCGAGGGAGAGAAGUUCAAACAGAUCUCGCAGGCGUAUGAGGUGCUGUCCGACGCCAAGAAGAGAGAGCUGUACGACCGCGGAGGCGAGAAGGCCAUAAAGGAAGGAGGCACCAGCGGUGGUGGGGGUGGAGGCUUUGCUUCACCUAUGGAUAUCUUUGACUUGUUUUUCGGUGGAGGCAGUCGAAUGCACAGAGAGCGGAAAGCAAAGAAUAUUGUUCAUCAGAUCACUGUGACUUUAGAGGAUCUGUACAACGGAGCCACAAGAAAACUCGCCAUCCAGAAGAACUGCAUCUGUGAGAAAUGUGAAGGUCUUGGAAGUCGCACCGGAGUUUUACAGAUGUGCGUGUCCUGCCAUGGCACGGGAAUGCAGGUCCGCAUGCACCAGCUGCUUCCAGGUAUGGUUCAGCAGGUGUCCACAGUGUGCCACAGCUGCCAGGGGCAAGGACAGAGGCUCAACCAGAAGGACCGCUGCAAAACCUGCGGGGGCCGCAAGAUGCUGCGGCAGAAGAAGAUCCUGGAGGUCCACAUCGACAAAGGAAUGAAAGAUGGGCAGAAGAUCGUUUUCCACGGUGAAGGAGACCAGGAGCUUGGACUGGAACCAGGCGAUAUCAUCAUUGUCCUCGACCAGCAGGAGCAUCGGUUUUUCACCAGGCGAGGAGAAGACCUGCUCAUGUCAAUGGAGCUGCAGCUGGUUGAGGCCUUGUGUGGUUUCAAGAAGCCCGUUCAGACUCUGGACCACAGAACCCUUCUUGUCACGUCACAUCCAGGGGAGUUAGUCAAGCCUGGAGACACCAAGUGUGUGUUAGGUGAAGGCAUGCCCACAUAUCGCAGACCGUUUGAGAAGGGACGUCUCAUCAUCCACUUUUCAGUGGUGUUCCCACCAGCCAAUUUUCUCCCCAAGAACAAGCUGAAGGAGCUGGAGCGCUUCCUCCCAGGAAAGGUGGGUGCCGAGCAGCCGGAGAGCAUGGACGAGGACCUCUACAUCUAUGCCGACCUGGAGGACUGCGACCUGGAAGGCAGAAGACGGCGCAGACAUCAGUACUACGUGGACGAAGACGACUACGCCAGCACCGGGGGCGUUCAGUGCCACACGUCCUAAAGCACAGCUGGCUCCAAAUCCCUCAUUUUUGAUGCAAAAAUGCACCUUGUUGGAAAUUUGUGCACUUUCUUUUUUUCUUUUUGCUUUCCGUGGUCUAAUUUAGUUUUUCUCGAGCCGAGUCUUAAAGCGGGGUCGCAGAUCAUCUGAUCCAGGACUGUCAAAGCAGAGUUUGCUCAGGUUCCAGAAUUAGAUUUUGGAUUCCUUUUGUCGUUUCUAGGACCAAAAUUUCAACUAAUUUCUUGUCUUUCCUCCCCCACUGUGGCUGAGAACGAGGGCCGGUGUCACAGAGGCGCCUUCUUUUAAAUCAUUUACACUAAAAUGGAUGCCAAUAUUAAAAUAACGUUUUUCUGUGAAGUGUUGCUCAGUGCUGAUAAACCACUCCUGUGUUCUGGGUUCAUGGACCCAGAGUUCUGACGGGAGUGUAGGUGGAUACGUUAAUGCAGGCUCACCCUUUCAAGGGCUAUUUCUAAAACGUUUCUAAUCAAUCUUGAAAAUGUGACAGCUUGGAGGCGUUUGGUUCAAGCCACUGAUCUAACUGUAGAAUAUUUAAAGUGAUAUUUAAGUUUCAUGUUUUACCUCGUCUGAGCUGAGGUUCGGCCCGGGGCGUCGCAUCAGGUGUACAGACAAGUUUGUGCGUGUUUUCUAAGUGUAAUUAUGUCGUUUAAAAAAGGGUAAAGGCAUUUCUAGAUGUUGAAAAAGGCUCUUCUGCCUUGAUGGCAACAUUCCCAGAACACACUGAACCAGAGACCAGCGCUGCCGUGAAGUCGCGUUUGUAAAGAAUAAAAGUUUACAAAGUGCCAAGUUGUAAAAUAAAGACUCGGUCCAGGACUUCUUAUCAAAACCAGAAACUAUUACAAUAAUUUAUGUUAAUGUUAAAACACCUUAAUGUGGAGUUUAAACCGCAAAGUGGAAAGUGUCACGUUUGUGGUGUUUUGUGUUGAUACACAGGUUGUCAUGUUUCUCGUCCUUUUGAUGGCUCGUGGGACAUGACGGGACGAAGACACGACAGGGUGUAAUGAAGGAACAGGAAGAAAUGUGACAAUGGGAUGGGACGGAACAAGGAACACGACAGUGGGAUGGGACAAGACGAAGGGACGUGACGGAUAGGACGGGACAAAGGGACACAACAGUGGGAUGGACAAGAUGAAGGGACAUGACUGGGAUGGGACAGGACAAUGGGUUGGGACAAAGGGACAUGACGGUGGGAUGAGACGAGACAUUGGGAUGGGACGAAGGGACAUGACAGUGGGAUGGGACAGCAAAAACACAUUUUGACACGGCUUGAUGUAGACGGGCCUUAAAGUGAUGCAUCAUCGUGUGCCUGCAAGUUGUCAGGAGCUAACGCCACGCAGCUCCAUAGUACAUUUUAUUUUGUUUUUUAAGAUCAUUGUUGCCUCAAAUAUCUAAAAACACAAAUAUUCCAGAGAAGAGGAACUCAUUCAGAUACUUAACGCUUCUUAAAAGUUUAUUUUUAAGGGACUGAACUGAAAAUGGAUUUCUCCAGUAUUGUUUGAACGACUCGGAGCGUUGCUCACAUGUUCUUCAUAAAUGUCGUUUGGGUUUUAUUAAACUGAUGUGGAUCAUCUCUGAUGUCUGAA